CACCCGGAAUUCACGUUGUGAUAUUCCUGCGCCGACCCACAUGGGCUGGUUGACCUCCGAAGUCUUCAGCCGAAACUCUUUCACGUGCCAUUUCUAGAUAAAUAUAUGAUAAAAAGACCGGGUUUAUGAGGUAUACUUUAAGCAACACACGAUGGAUUUAAUUGCCGUACUUGAGAAAACAGUAUCGCCAGACACACAGGAACUAGAAUCUGCCCAACAGUUCUUAGAACACGCAGCACAACAGAAUUUACCUGAGCUAUUGAAGCAGCUCUCUGACGUAUUGAAGCAUGGCGGCAACAGCCCUGUGGCCAGGAUGCAGGCGGGUCUCCAACUCAAGAAUGCACUCUACUCCAAAGAUCCCGCCAUCAAAGUACAGUACCAGCAGAGGUGGCUCCAGUUUGCACAAGAUGUCCGCACACAUGUCAAGCAAAAUAUCUUGGCAACCUUAGGAUCCGAAACAAUUCGUCCGAGCUCUGCAGCACAGUGCGUGGCAUAUGUGGCAGGCUGAGCGGAGCUCCCUCAGGGACUAUGGCCGGAUCUCAUCUCAAGCCUCACUGCCAAUGUUACAAAUCCAGCUAGUACUGAAAUGAUGAAGGAAUCCACACUUGAAGCCAUUGGCUAUGUCUGUCAAGACAUAGAUCCAGAGAUUUUACAAACACAGUCCAACGACAUCCUGACAGCCAUUGUCCAUGGAAUGAAGAAAGAGGAGCCAAGUAACCAUGUUCGUCUUGCAGCGACAAAUGCCCUUCUUAACUCACUUGAAUUUACCAAGUCAAACUUUGAUAAAGAUACUGAGAGACACUUCAUCAUGCAAGUUGUCUGUGAAGCCACACAGUCCACGGACACAAGGGUACGAGUGGCAGCACUCCAGUGUCUGGUGAAAGUCAUGUCGCUCUACUACCAGUAUAUGAAGCACUACAUGGGACCGGCUCUGUUCGCUAUAACCAUGGAGGCGAUGGAGAGUGAGGUGGAUGAGAUCGCCUUACAGGGAAUUGAGUUCUGGUCCACGGUGUGUGAUGAAGAGGUGGACUUGGCCAUUGAGCUGUCAGAGGCUGCUGAGCAGGGCCGCCCACCUGAACGGACCAGCAUGUUCUAUGCGAAGGGAGCGUUGCAGUACCUGAUCCCCGUGCUACUCAUCAGCCUGGCCAAGCAGGAUCUAGGGAGAUGGAUCAUCACAAGAGAGUGGAACCCUGCAAGGCGUGAUGUCUCAUUUUCAGGCUCCAUUUUGGAGGGCCCAGAUCCUGCCAAGUUGAAACAGAUAGUGGAACACGCAAUGCCCAAGCUGAUCUCGCUGCUGAAAGACCCCAGUGUAGUCGUACGAGACACAGCAGCAUGGACAGUGGGACGAGUCUGCGAGAUCUUGCCUGAUGCUGUCAUUAAUGAACACCUGCCUACAUUGUUACAAGCUCUGGUGGAGGGCCUGUCUGCUGAACCACGGGUUGCCAGCAAUGUCUGUUGGGCCUUUUCCAGUCUUGCUGAAGCUGCUUUUGAGAAUGCAGAAACAGCUGAUGAGAACGCUGAACCAGAAACCUACUGUCUGUCUGCAUCCUUUGAACAAAUUGUACAACAGUUACUACAGACAACAGACAGACCUGACGGCAACCAGCACAAUCUACGAAAUGCAGCUUAUGAAGCUCUAAUGGAAUUAGUUAAGAAUAGUCCCAAGGACUGCUAUUUGACAGUUCAGAAGACCACCAUGAUUAUACUAGAAAGACUAGAGAGAGUCCUCUCUAUGGAGGGCUCUGUACAGUCCUCAUCCGACCGUGUUCAAUUCAAUGACCUACAGUCUCUUCUAUGUGCCACUCUGCAGAGUGUUCUUAGAAAAGUAACUCAAGAUGAUGCUCCGAAGAUAUCGGAUCAGAUCAUGACGGCACUGCUGCAGAUGUUCCAGAUGACGGCAGGGAAAGCAGGCGGUGUUCAGGAGGAUGCUCUGUAUGCCGUGUCCACGCUAAUGGAAGUACUUGGUGAUGGUUUUGAGAAGUACAUGGAAGCAUUCAAGCCAUACCUGACAAUAGGAUUGAAGAACUACCAGGAGUACCAGGUGUGUGUGGCAGCAGUAGGUCUCGUGGGAGACCUGUGUCGGGCGCUGGGGAACAAGGUGUUUCCAUACUGCAACGACCUGAUGCUGCUCCUUAUGGAGAACCUCCGAAACGAAAGUGUACACCGAUCUGAACCACAAAUCCUGUCAGUGUUUGGCGAUAUAGCUCUUGCCAUUGGCCCACAGUUCCGAAAUUACCUUGAGUUUGUACUUGGUACCCUACAACAGGCAUCCCAGGCUCAAGUUGAUAAGACCGACUAUGACAUGAUUGACUAUCUGAAUGAACUGAGAGAAGGCUGCCUGGAGGCCUAUACUGGAAUUGUGCAGGGAUUGAAAGGAGAUGGAGAACAAAUCAGUUCUGAGGUGAAUAUUCUACAGCCUCAUGUUGCACACAUGAUUUCCUUCAUCGAGCACAUAGCGGUGGACGAGGAUAAGACAGACAGUAAUAUAGCUGCCUGCUGUGGGCUUAUAGGUGACUUGAGUACAGCAUUUGGCAACAGCAUGCUCCCAAUGGUUGAGAAGGAGAGCAUCCAGAACCUCCUCACACUGGGGAGGAGGUCCAAACUAACAAAGGCCAAAACCCUGGCUACAUGGGCGACUAAGGAAAUUAGAAAAAUGAAGAAUGCUUCAUCAUGAAAUUGAUGCGAGAGGGCAGCUGUCUUGGUCUGCCUAUGACUACUACCAUGUUGACCGCGACGGUCUCCUAUGCCUAUGGCUGAAUGAUGAACGAUUGCGCGAGUGAAUGCUUCAUCUCAGCAAAGAGAGAUUGUCACGUGCGAAAGGAGAGUGUUCGCAGUUCAGAUCUGAUCGAGGGGUUGUCAUAGUGACAGUUGUCCAGGUGACCACCCCUCCUCAAUCACUGAAAUUCACCAGAACCUGUGAGGGAAAAGGAGUGUGCCUGGAACAUCAGUUGACAACACCAGUCCUCAACUGGACCCCAAACAAUGGCCGCUCAUGGCUUCAGCUCAAGAAGAAGUGAUUAACAGUGCUAUAUAAGCAUCACAUGUGCUAUUUGUUGGAACAACAUUGUUUUAAAUGCCCUUUGAACAGUAUUUGUUUUGAAGGAAGUGCUCAAUUUGACAGGUGUCCGAGUGCUUUGUGGAACGGCUGUAGGUGCUUCCUGUUGAAUGAUGUUGCUUCCUUCCAGCUCUGUCUGAAGUGUUUCAGUGGAGUGCUAGAGGCACGUGUCAAGUACCUUACUCGGGCUGGCAUCCCUAGCCUUACAGACCCAUCAGUACAUCAGGUUCUUCGUAUAUACAUGGCGUAGCUGCAGCAGACAAAGUGCUUUCCUCCAGUAUGACUGAGCUCUAGUCCCACGUGAAUUUAUCAGCGUUGUUAAAAUGUUGGGCAGUUGUUCAUUUAGUAGGGGGGAUCCAAAUAUGAGGAAAAUCAUCUUCAUUAGGUGACAUAAAAAUACUCUUUUCAAAUAUGUGGUUUAUAAUCUGUAUAAAGUUCUGUUUCAGAAUUACAUUACUGAAGACAAAUGGUUUGACAGUUCCUUUUCGCCACAUAGUUCAAAAGAAUGUUUUUAUGUCAAAUGUAAGAAUAAAAUCCAAACAUUGCAUGAAAAUCAGAAAGGUUGAAGACUGGGUUUAGUCCAGCUGAAGCAUGGUCAAUGAUGUCUAUCUACAGACCUGGCCAGCUUGUUGCUUCUGCUUUGUAUUUGAUUAACAUGAUCAGAUCUCAGAAUGUUGACUGCAGAAUGAAAGUCAAUCAGAUUCCAUGCUUGUUCUAAACACACGACUGAAUUAAUUUUCAACAGAACAAGCCCAUCUCAUUCCUAGGAUAUUUUUAUGAUAGAAUAUUUAUUUGUCUUUCGUGGAAGUGAGAAAUUCUGUGAUGCCGGCCCUACUCAAACUAUCCACUGUGAUACAAGUUUUGCCAAUUUGUAAAGAUAACAUUGUAUUUGUACUACCCACUGUGAGGUCGUCAAUUGCUGGGAUGACAUAAAGACUGAGAUGUAUGAACUCAA